AUGGCUUUUCUUUGGCAGCUGCCCCAGAGGCUGCUCCUGCUGGGGACAGCUGCUUUGACUGUGUCUGCCCUGGGGACAGGGGACCUGACGGACCUGUGCGGACAGACGUGGCAAGGGGACGCGCUGCAGCUGCGCUCUCACUCGGCUUCCCGAAAGUUCUACUUCGUGACUCCGGACACGGAUUGCGUGCUGUGGCUGCGUGCCGCGGCCCCUGAAGAUAGGAUGCGCUUCCAGUUCCACUUCUUCCUGGUCUACAGCCUGUCCUCGGCCACCCGGAUCACAGCAACCACCGUGGCCACCCUGGCCCCCAAUGCGUCCUCGCCCGACCCGUGCGCACCCGGCUCCUACCUGCAGUUCUACGACGGCCCGCAGGGGGCGCCCCGGGCUCUGGGACCCCCGACCUGCGGCCUGACCAUCCCCGCCCCUCUCACGUCCUCGGGACCCUGGCUUGGCCUGCGCUUGGUCACCAGGGGCCGCCAGCCCCGUGUGGACUUCUUGGGCGAGGUGACCUCUUUCCGCUUGGGGUCUUGUGGCACCUACUUCCGCUGUCGGAAUAGCAGGUGUGUGCCCCGGAGCCUGCUGUGUGAUGACUGGGACAUGGACAACUGUGGUGAUGGCAGUGACCAGGACCCUCAACCCCCAGCCAGCUGCAGAGGUCCCUCUCUGGUACCCAAGCAGACCCUGAGAAUGGAAGAUGACAGUUCCAAGCCUUGGACUCUCCUCAUGGCUCUCAGCUCUGCAGCAGAGAGGACCUCUCCAGCAAGCCUGGCACCCACCACGCAGGAGGUGUCAGAAGGCGCCUCGAUCUGGUGGGUGGCUUUGGCCUCCUUGAUGCUAUUGGCCUCCACUGGCCUCCUCUGGUGGUACUGCUGCUGCCCAGGUUGGCUGGUCUGGCACCCAGGUGACCACAGGCUCGGCCUCAGAUGCUGCACAGCCUACAAUACUUGCCACCUCUGUCCUGGCCGGGUGGCUCCUGGGGAUCUGUGGCUGAACUGGUCAGCUUUCCAGAACCAGAGAGGCCAUCCUUAG